AGCAGACCAUCGCUACCUUCCUCAUAGACCUUCGCGGUCCAUCCCAUCAUCAUGAAGUACUUCGCCGCCGCCGUGCUGGCGCUCCUCCCUGCGCUCACCUCCGCCCACUGCGUCGCCCAGCGCGUCCGCGUCAACGGCGCUGACCAAGGCCAACUCGUCGGCAUCCGUACGCCCAACUCAAACAACCCCAUCCAGAACGUCAACGACGGCAACUUCGCCUGCAACAGCGGCUUCCGCUCGCCCGUCUCCUCGACCGUCAUCAACGUCAAGGCCGGCGACAAAGUAGGCACGCAGUGGGGCCAUGUCAUCGGCGGAGCGCAGUUCGCCGGCGACAAAGACCAUCCCAUUGCGGCUUCGCACAAGGGCCCGACGAUCUUCUACCUCGCCAAAGUCGACAACGCCGCCUCAGCCUCCGGCUCGGGACUGAAGUGGUUCAAGAUUGGUGAAGACGGACUCGACGGCUCCGGCAAAUGGGGCGUCGACCGCAUGAUUGCUAACGGCGGCUGGGUCGACUUCCAGAUCCCGAGUUGCGUGGCGCCGGGGCAGUAUCUGCUCCGGACUGAGAUUAUUGCGCUGCAUUCGGCAAGCAAGCAGGGGCAGGCGCAGUUUUACAUGGGAUGCGCGCAGAUCAACAUCAGCGGUUCCGGGAGCAACUCUGGGAGCCAGACUGUUAGCUUCCCCGGUGCGUAUUCGGCGAGUGACCCGGGGAUUUUGGUGAACAUCUAUGAUGCGCAAGGAAACCCGACUGGCGGGGGGCGCCCGUACACGAUCCCAGGACCGGCGAAGCUGUCGUGUUAG